CCAUAUAUAUGUAAGGAAUGUGGAAAGGCCUUUACUCAAUCCUCAGGCCUCAGUAUACAUAGGAGAAUUCACACUGGAGAGAAACCAUAUGUAUGUAAGGAAUGUGGGAAGACCUUUGCUGUAGCCUCAAGUCUUAGUGUACAUAAGAGAAUUCACACUGGAGAGAAACCUUAUAUAUGUAAGGAAUGUGGGAAGGCCUUUAUUAGAGCCUCAAAACUUACUGUACAUAGAAGUAUUCACAAUGGAGAGAAACCAUAUAUAUGUAAGGAAUGUGGGAAGGCCUUUGCUGAAUCCGCAAGACUUGCUGUACAUAGGAGAAUUCACACUGGAGAGAAACCAUAUAUAUGUAAGGAAUGUGGGAAGGCCUUUACUAGAGCCUCAAAACUUACUGUACAUAGAAGAAUUCACACUGGAGAGAAACCACAUCUAUGUAAGGAAUUUGGAAAGACCUUUGCUUGGGCCUCCACACUUAAUGCGCAUAGGAAAAUUCACACUGGAGAGAAACCGUAUAUAUGUAAGGAAUGUGGCAAGGCCUUUGCUGCCUUUGCUGAAGCCUCAAGCCUUAGUGUACAUAGCAGAAUUCACACUGGAGAGAAACCGUAUAUAUGUAAGGAAUGUGGGAAGGCCUUUGCUGGAGCCUCAAGACUUACUGCACAUAUGAAAAUUCAUCUCAGAGGG